CCGAGUGUGACCGGGCAGGGCUCCCCCGCACUGUCAGCGCCGGCUGAGGAAAGCACUUGGACCGACCGGCUGCUCUCCUCCUCUGUGGGUUGUCCCGGGAAUGCUGGUUGCCGCCCCGCCCCGGUGCGCAGCCGAAGGACGGGCGGUAAAGCGCCAGAAGGGGCAGGGAUUCCCGGCCUGCUCGCGUUCUGGGAGCUGCUCUCCUCGGCUCGUUGCUAAAAUUGUCUCCCUGCCCAGGCGAAGAUGUCUCACUUUACAAGCGAAGAUGAAGUUCUAUUACAGUCUAUGCUUAGACAGUUGCUGCAGAGUGUGAAGGAAAAAAUCACUGGAGCUCCAUCAGCAGAAUGUGCAGAAGAAAUUCUCUUGCAUUUGGAGGAAACAGAUGAGAAUUUUCACAACUAUGAGUUUGUGAAAUAUCUUAGACAAUACAUAAAAAAUACUGUGGGACCUGUGAUUGAAGAAGAAACAGAAAAAUGUACCUCUGCCCAAAGUCAGGGUGAAAUAUCUGGCUAUGAAACGCUUGUCCAACAUCUUACUAAGAAGGCCCGUGAAUCAAAAGAAUACAGAGAAAUGAUGCAUGCCUUGAAGAAUGUCAUGAUGGUUGUGGUAGAAUCUUUGAUUAACAAGUUUGAAGAAGAUCGGAUGCAUGAUAAGGAGCUGGCCAGUAAAGCAAAGAAAGAACGUCAGAGUGGCUAUUACACAGACAACUGUUCUGACAGUGACUCCUCCUUCAACCAAAGUUAUGCAUUCAUGAGUCAAGAACAAUUGCAGCUGCUCACAGAAAAGCUUGACCCUAGUCAGCCCAAGGAAGUUCGCCAAGAAGCUUUGCAGACACUGUGCUUGGCCCCUGCCUCUGAUAUCCUGAACUCUGAGAGUUGGCCAAGUCUGAGUAAGCAUCUGACAAUCUCUCUGGCAGAUCCAGAUGCAACAUUCAGUGAGAAAAUUCUUAGGUUCUAUGCAAAAACUUUUUCUUCUUCUCCAUUUAAUAUGACAAAAGAAGUCUAUACAAGUUUAGCACGACACUUGGAGUUGUACUUUCUUUCUGAAGAAAAUUCUCUUCAUAUUUCAGCUGGUCUGGAUGUAUCUAACUCAGAUGUGAAUCGUUUACUUAAAAAGGUUCGCCUUUUAAAUGAGUACCAAAAAGAAGCACCUUCUUCCUGGAUUCGACAUCCAGAAAAGUAUAUGGAAGAAGUAGUGGAGAGUACCUUGUCACUUCUGUCAUUAAAACACAAGCCUAAUCAUCCUGCCUCUCCAGAUUUCUUGAAUCCAAUGCACUUCUUGGCUUUGCUAGAUAUCAAAGCAGUGUGGUUUAAGAAGUGGACGCAUGCAUAUUACAGCAGAAGAGUGGUAUUUAGGCUUCUGGAAAGGAAAUAUAAAUCCUUGAUUAAUGCAGCAGUCCAGCAAUGUCUUUAUUAUUUUGAAUUUUGCAAGGCAGCAGUUAAUAAAAAUCCCAAAGUCGGUGACUUUUCUCAGCAGCACUGUAGUGAUACGCAGGAUUUUUCUUACACUGGACCAGAAUUGCAGUACAUCUAUUUUGUUCAUUCACUGUGCCUCUUAGGAAGAUUGCUGAUCUAUAAGGAAGGCCAGAAUCUCUUUCCAGUACAGCUGAAAAAUAAAAAAGCUACUGUAUCCAUAACUGAUGUGUUGGUAUUAUUUGUUCAACUUAUUUAUUCCUCUCCAAGUUACCCAAAGACAGCUUUGGCAGCACAUACAGAAAAUUAUUCUCCAGAAAGUCUUGUUAUGGAGAUUCUGCAGGUUUUUUGUGAUCAAACAGGAUGUGCUGCUAAAUGUUUGUAUACAGACACAGUGAUAGAUGCCCUGCUUCAUCCUGUCCAAAGUUUGCUGAAUGGCACAGAGGUGUAUAUCAACUGCCUUGAAACUACUUUACUUAAUGUAGCUGAUAUUUUGGCAAGGAUUGCUGGUUCAGAAGAUGGUCUUUCUCUUCUUCUUUAUGGAGAAAAUGAAAAAAAUGCCAAAGACAGUCCUACAGCUGCUCAUGUACUCGUUCAGUUCACAAAGAAACUUCUUCAUGAUGACAUUUCUCUUUUAUCUGGAUCUGAGUUUAUGCCAGUUGUUAAAGGAGCUUUCAUUUUUGUAUGCCGUCAAAUGUACAGAACUUGUGAAGGCCUACAGAUGCUAAUUCCUUAUGGCUUGCAUGAAUCUAUUGCAGAAGCCUGGAGAAAGACAAGUUUGCUUUCAGAAAGAGUACCUACUCCUGUAACUGAUGCAGACUCCACUUCAUCAAUAAGUCAAGAAUCAAAAACCAGCUUGUUAUGGGAAGAGACUUUGUUAGAUGCCUUGCUAAAUUUUUCUACCACACCCAAAGGACUAUUUCUGCUUCAUAGUACAGAUGCCAUGAAUGACUGUGUGAACUUUAUGUUUAACAGUUUAUCAAAAAAAAUCCAGACAAAUGAAUAUGAAGAUUUUGGUAAUAGAAUCAUUGUUACACAAAUGGCAGCAACACCAAUGGCUGCAGUGGCUCUGCAGAAUUCAGGCUUUGUAAAGGCGCUUGUAACUGAAUUAUGGGCUCUUUUGGAGUGUGGAAAAGAUGAUUUGAGAAUAACCCAACCCAAAUCUACUCCAGUUGACCCUAUUGACCAAAGUUGUCAGAAGUCAUUUUUGUUUCUGGUAAACUUGCUAACUUACCCAGCAAUUUUUGAGCUCCUGAGUAAACGAGAUAUACCAAAUAAACCCAUGUACUCAUUCCGUGAAGUACCCACAGAUAUAAUUGAUAUUAUUGACAGGCUUAUAAUUUUGAACUCAGAAGCUAAAAUUCAUUCCUUAUUCAAUUAUGAACAAUCCCAUAUAUUUGGUCUGAGGCUAUUAAAUGUGCUGUGCUGUGAGCUCAAUACCCUUUUACUCUUGGAGACUCAGUAUAAAGUGUCACAAGUUUUACUAACUGCUCAGGAGGAAAAUGUCACAGAAACUUCAGAAGGACCAGGAGUUUUUAUAAUUGAUGGUCUGUCAGUGGAGAGAAACCAUGUUCUUGUAAGGAUAAAUCUGAUUGGAGGACCACAGGAAAGGAUUUUGCCUUUGAGAGAAUUAGAUAAGGACAGCGGUCUAUAUCCUUGGCCAAUGUUUUCAUCGCUCCCUGUGCCAAAGUGCUAUCUUGCAGAAAUUCCUAGGAAAGCUGAAUCCAGACAAGAUAAAGAUCUUGACAAGCUCUUAAAACUCUUAAGAAGUCCAGACAAGCCAACUGGGUGGGCAGAAAUUUGUAGAAAACAGUUCUGCAAAGUCAUGAAAACCAGACCAGAUAGCAUCAGUGGACCAAUUUUGGCAGAAUUAAUUGAAAAGUUCGUGUCACAUCUUUCUGAAAGCAAAACAGAUUGUUAUUUCAGCAUGGGAAGCUAUAAAGCCAUGGAUGCAGAUGUGAAGAAAGAAAACCUUUCAUCUGUGCAGCAGCUUGGUGUUGAAAUGACAGUCAGAUAUGGAAAAUACUUAAACUUGCUAAAAGAAGAUGCUGAAAAUGGGCUGUGUUUUGUGUUAAAGAAUUGUGAGGAAUUUCUGAAACAACAGCAAAGAACUGUGGUAUCUUCACUUUGCUGCUUGCAGGAGCACUAUGCUGGUUAUGACUGGUUUGCAUCUUCUAUCUUCCUCAUAAUGUCAGGGGACAGGGAGAGGACACUGAUGUUUCUUCAGCAAUUUUCAUGUCUUCUUGCUUCAGCAUUUCUCUGGCUACCAAGACUGCAUUUAUCCAUGCACCUGCCUGUUACAACAGUGGAAUAUGGCAUCCAUCCAGUCUAUUUUUGCAGCGCUCACCACGUUGAAAUGUUGCUGAAAGCUGAGUUGCCCCUUGUCUGUUCAGCCUUCCACAUGUCUGGUUUCACUCCAUCCCAGAUCUGUCUGCAAUGGAUAACUCAGUGUUUCUGGAAUUACAUGGAUUGGAGUGAGAUCUGUCACUAUAUUGCCAUAUGUAUUUUCCUUGGUCCUGAUUAUCAGAUAUAUAUAUGUAUUUCUCUGUUCAGACACCUACAGCAAGACAUCCUGAAGCACACAGAAGCCCGAGAUCUUCAGGUUUUUCUGAAAGAGGAAGCACUGCAUGGAUUUCGAGUCAGUGAUUAUUUAGACUACAUGGAAAGCUUGGAGGAGCUCUACAGACCAAUGCUGCUGAAAGACAUGAGGAACAUAAGAACACAGAACACAUAGAUGAAGCAAACAAGCACUUUAUUUUACAGUUUUGAUUACAUCCUUUAAAAGGAUGCUGAUUGAUUGAUACCUCAGUCUCACCUAAAAUCAGCCAGGCUGUUGAAAUGUACAUACUGUAAAAUAAAUAAGAAGUGUUUUCAGAAUAUAGUUUUUCAAUAAGACAUAGCCUACUUUUGAUAACCCGAAUUUACCAGACAGGUUAUGUGCACAGCCUCAUUUUCAGUUAGCAGAAGGCAGCUUCAGAAGCCACCUGUAGGAUGCUGAAGUUUCUUCUUAUAAAGCCUUGAACCUGUUCUCAACUCAUUCUCUCUUUGUCAUCUCCUUAUAGCACUGUCCUAAAGCCUUCGUAUUUUGCUUGGAUCUGACAAAGGGAUUUUUUCUUUAGAAACAACUGCUAUUGUGUAUUCAUGCACAAGAAAAGUCAACAAAUGGAGACCAAACUCUCUGUUCCAACUUUGUGGAUAAUAUUGAGAAAAUGGGAUGUUUGAAUACAUGCAACGAAAAAAGACUUGAUAUUCCUGUCUUUAAAAAAAAACAAAUAAAUAGUUUUAUGUAAUAAAGCAUUACUAACCUUUGUUGUGAAUGAAAUUAGAAUCUUUAUUAUUUGGCCAAAAAUAGGGAGGGAAAAAUACUAUGUUUUGUCAACAGCUGCAAUAACAUUUUUUUACAGAAUGUCCAUAAUCUCAAACUUUUUUGGUUAGAAAUUAUUGAUACAGUGUUUUGGAAGUCCCAACAGACACCACAAAUGUUGAAUUUAGAUUUAUCCAAUAUUGUUAACACAUUCCUGGGAGAAAAACUAAAGAUUACUGCAAAGUUCCUGAAAAACAACUUUGCUAGAUAAAAUGGUUAUAUAUACGCUAAUUGAGCCCAUACUCAAAUUCAAAUUAUAAAACACAUUAGAACCUGCUGUGAAAUUUCUGAAAUUAUAUGCAACCUAAGAGUGAACAUUGACAAAGGUUUUGCCACUAAUUUCUACUUUCCUGACUGUGCAUUUCAUAAGUUCACAAGUUUAGUUUUUUUUCCUGUCUAGCCAAGAUAUGUUUUAAAAACUUUUCAAUUUUGUGAACUGUGUUAGCUCACCUACAUUAAUAAAAGAGGCUGGCAAGUAUGAGGAAGGAAUUAUGACAAGAACUGAUAGAACCGAGUGCUUGCCUGACAUUGAGGCCAUUGAAUGCUAUGACUUACAUGGUGUAUAUUCUUUUAACCUUAAUAGCAGUUUCUCUUUUCUUAAAUAACCUUAUUUAGGCAUAUAUCUCAAACCAAGAAACAACAAAUAACAAACAUCCACAUGGUGAAUAACACUUGAACACUAAUAUAUACAUAUUUCUAGACAGACCAUGGGUGAUUAAAUAUCCAUUAUGAAGUAAGUCAUCAGUUCCUUUAGCAGCAGCAGAAAUUUUUCAGGAAAAUAGGCCUUUGUGAUAGGUAUAUAAGUAACCUAAGGACUCUUGCCAUAUCAAUAGUUGUCAUUUUGUAUUCCUUGUCCCCCAACAAAGAAGAGAGAGGUACUGCAGAGCUGACCUUUAAUAGUAAUACCUUUCAUCACUAUUGCAUAAAAUUAAUCCAAAGAGAUCCAGUACACAAUGACCAGAAAGGAAAGGCAGAUACAAAUAGUAGAAAGCAAACAGCCUGACUACCAAGCAAUGCUACUGAUAAAAGCAAUUUUUGCUUUUCCAGCAAUUCAAUCGACUUCAGUUUUGCCAUCUGCAAAACAGCUGCAUUUUCUUACAGUCUGUAUAUGCUAAGAUGAUUAAUUAGAGCACAUCCAUAAAAUAGUUAAUGCAUGAAAAUCUUAUGUAAAUGCUAAAUCUUAAUACCUGGUAAUAUUUUAAAAUUCCAUUGUGCCCUAUGACAGAAACAGGACCUUGACACCUAUUACAAGUAGACUGAAAUAAAGCUUGAAGU